GUCUGCAAAAGAUGGAAAAUCUUUCCAACGGCGCCGUUUAACUGGAAGCGUUCUGAAAUUUCCAUGUGGUCUGCAUGCAUCUCAACUAGAAGUUUCGAUUAUCGGCAUUUUACGCAUUUGUAGUAGUCGGAAUUACCGGCAAAACGUGCUCGAAUUAAUCAUUCUAAUGGUGCUACUUAAAAAGAUAGAAGCGGCAUGGAACUGGAGUGGUGAGACGUGACUUGCCAAAUUAUAAUUCAGAACAGAAUUAACAGCAAUUUUCAACUCUUGGGAGAUCUUGAUCCAUUUAGAUUACGUCAAUUUCCAUGUCUCCACAAUACUGUCUUGCCAAUUUUUUCCGAUGGAGUCUGUGGGCCAUAUCAUGCAACACCCGCCAAUCAUGCAGUCUGUCUCACAUCCACCUGGGGCUCCUCACCACCCUAGAAAAGUGAAAACCCUAAAAAAUAUGCAGAUUCACAAUGAGCGUCUAAGCCUGAAUGAAGAGGCCAAGAUGGUAAGCGUCUACAACUCCGACGUGAACGGAGGAGGAAUUAACAGUAAAACUCCGGUCUCCGUUCUGCAAGAGUUGUUAUGUAGGCGUGGAAUGACGCCCAAGUAUGAACUUCUGCAAAUCGAAGGGGCCAUUCAUGAGCCAGUAUUCAGAUACCGGGUGUUCCUAAACAGUGACCUGGUAGCCACUGGAACCGGGCGAUCUAAGAAAGAUGCCAAGCAUGCUGCUGCUAAGAACUUGCUCGAUCUUUUGGUGGGUAAAAUGUCGCUAGAGCAGGCCAAUCAAACGAACGGCACCCCUGGAGCGGCCGAUAUUACUGCGCAAAUUGUGUCCCCAUUUGACGAUAAAGUGAUGGGCAACCCAAUUGGGUGGCUGCAGGAGAUGUGCAUGUCCCGUCGCUGGCCGCCACCACUCUAUGAAAUGGAACAUGAGGAGGGACUUCCACAUGAACGACAAUUUACGAUUGCCUGCCAGGUGCUAAAGUUGCGUGAAGUGGGAACCGGAAAAUCAAAAAAGCUUGCCAAACGCGUUGCUGCCCACAAGAUGUGGCAGUCGAUUCAAGACGGACCUCCCGAAGGAAACGCCUAUCCGGGAUUUGAGACCGAAGAAGAUCUCGCGGGAAAACUCAGCAAUGUCUCGCUGCGGUACUCUGGGUUGAAAGAUAGCAAAAUUUCCUAUUUAAGCACACAGGAGUCCCAGAAGGUUUCUCAAUUCCAUAAGGCACUUAAACAGUCUGCCGGCAAGAAAUUGAAUGACUUACAGAAUGUGAAUUUGGCAUCGAGCGACUUCAACGUUGUGCAGUUUCUGAAGGAGAUCGCCGUCGAGCAGAACUUCGAGGUCACGUAUGUGAACAUUGAAGAAAAGUCCAUUACUGGCAAGUGGCAAUGUUUGGUCCAACUGUCCACCCUGCCAGUGGCCGUUUGCUACGGAAGCGGCCAGACCUCGAAGGAGGCGCACGCUGAUGCUGCACACAACGCUCUCCAGUACUUGAAAAUAAUCACCGGGAAGUGAGCGAAACGUUUGCAAGAUGACAAAUAUGCAUUCGUUUUCCGGUAUCACCUUCCGGAGAUAUAUAAGUUUGUGAAUGUGGGGCUCUUGCUCACGUCAGGCCGAUGGCCCCCGUUUUGCUUUCUUCUCUUCCAAUUUGUUUGAUGGCUUGCUUCCCCGAGUGUUAUGCGUUCGGAUGCCAUCAUAAUUUUUUGUCUAUAUGAUUAAUGUCUGGGAAUGGUCGUUUCUAACUUAUAGUUUCGUUGAACAGUUCAAAUAAUUCUUAACGAGCUAAUUUUAAAUUGAUAAUUGUUACUCUAAUAUAGCUGCUGACCUCUUGCUAAUAUUGCUGUACGAUUGUCACCUGAACGGCGUAUAU